UAGAUAUUAUUUAUAAUGAAUAAAAAGAAGCAAACUAGUUUGGAUCUGGAAGACCAAGCAGACCAGAGAUAAACGACAGCUAUGUCUAGUCUUCUACUCAACGCUUCCAUCUUACGUUAAACACCAUUCUCCAUUUCUCUCACUUCAAACAUCACUUGCAGUUCUGAUCCAGGUUUGUCCCCUCACUUGUUCGGACCUUCACUUCUCACUUGCUAUGUGUUUUUUUUCUUCUCUUUAGAUCUUUCUUCAGAAACUCAAUUCCUUAUUGAAAUUUCACAAUACAAGCAUUUGGGUCUCCUAGUUUACUUGAUUUCUUAACAAAAGUUCUCAACUUUUGUCAACCCGAAUCAUGAAGUUUCCAUUUUCAGCCAUUAUUUCCUUUUGGGUUGUUUGUGACAUGUUGAUCCUUGUUCUCGCAAAUUCACGCUUCCCUGAGGGAAUGUAUAGUUUUGAUCGAAAUUCUCAUGCAACCUAUAAGUAUGAUCGCAUGAGUGAAGUUCGGAAACAAUGUGCUUCUGUGUUAUCUGCUUCAUCUGAAUUGAGAUAUGAAUAUAGUGGGGUUAUUGGUAUGAAAGAAGAGCUUUCAUUUGUGAAUGGGGAUUGGAGGCAGAAUGGGGGUAAGUUUCCCAUAAUGCCAUUUGAUGCUGCCAAAUCUCCUGGGACUUUGUCUGAAGACCACAGUCCCUUGAACUUGGUCUCUUUUUGGGUAUCAGAUGUUGAUUAUGACCACCGGUUGAAGAAGUCUAUUCCCAUCAAUGGUUUCAUGGUGAUGGGCAUUACUCGAGAUGGUAAUUUUGUGGACAAAACAUUUGAUGGGAAUCCUGAGUUUCAGUUAUGGCCUAGCCAUUCUCAGCUCUCAAUUCCCUUCCAAGGGGUUUAUACUGAAUCAAAGAAAAAUGGUGGGGAAAGGGUGUUGUGUUUGUUAGGGAACACUAUGCUUCCGACUCGAGAGGCCGACCCUGCCAAACCGUGGGAAUGGAUGAAGAAUCCCGGUGAGAUACCGUUGUCUGAAGAUGAUCAAAUUAUGCUAGUUCUUCGCUAUCCAAUGACAUUCUCAUUAACAAAUAGGAUGAUCAAUGGAGAGUUAAAAAGUUUGAACCGUGAUUCCAAUUCCAAAUACUUUGAUGUGGUUCGCAUAUCAUCACAAUUGGGAAAGUCGGCCAAGUAUACAUUUGGCUCACAACAGAUUGUAUCCAAAGCAUGUAAUCCAUACCCAUUUAAAGAUAACCUGGUGGAUGAUGGCAUUAGUGUCUACAAAGGGACAAGGUUUUGCGAAAUCCUUGAAGAAAUUACUAGAGAAAAACCUUUAACUGUUGUGCCGAACUGGAGAUGCAAUGGCACAGAUGAUUUCUGCAGUAAAUUAGGUCCUUUUUUGACGGAUAAGGAAAUCAAAUCAACAGAUGGAGGCUUUCAAGAUGUUAAACUUUAUGUGCAGGAUGUCAUCUGUGAGCAAGCAGCUAGUAAGAGUAAUACUGGUUCUGCUAGGGUAUCAACGGUUUUUAGAGCAGUUUCACCAUCAGAGAAUCAGUAUACUGCAGCAAAAAGAUCUGGGCCUAGCAACACGUCUCUUGCCGCCGAAGGGAUUUGGAAGUCUUCUAGCGGACAGCUUUGCAUGGUUGGCUGCCUUGGAUUUGUUGAUGCCAAAGGGAGUAACUGUAAUACCCGUAUCUGUGUGUAUAUUCCUACCACUUUUUCCUUAAAGCAACAUAGUAUUAUAUUGGGAACUUUUUCUCCCAUUAAUAAUAGUAGUGCCUUCUUUCCCCUAUCAUUUGAGCAACUAGUGCUACCUUCAGAACUCUGGAAUUAUUUCAGGCUCACUAAUCCAAGUUACAGUUAUUCUAAAACUAAUUUGGCUGGUACUGUCCUAGAAAAAAAUGAGCCCUUCAGUUUUUCAACUGUCAUUAAGAAAUCAUUGCUAACAUUUCCCAAACUUGAAGAUAAUGAGGCAUUCCAAGAUAGUUUGUCUCUUCUUUCAGAAGAUCUCACGUUUCAUGUCUCUGGCUUUGCUGACCAUGCGCCUAAUGUCCUGUCCCCUAGAGUUGACAUUCAGAUGGAGAUUCUCUCCAUUGGUCCCAUGUUUGGACGCUAUUGGUAUGCUCAAAAUGGUUCAACGUCUGAACAGGAAACACCAUAUCAUGCCAAGGCUGCUGAAUAUACAGAAAGACAGCUUCUUGUAAAUGUAUCUGCACAACUCAGUCUUGCUGGAAAAGGUUAUAGUAAUUUUUCUGUGCUUUUUCUGGAGGGUCUUUAUGAUCCACAUGUCGGAAAGAUGUAUCUAAUUGGUUGCAGAGACGUGCGAGCCUCAUGGAAAGUCUUAUAUCAGAGCUACGAUCUUGAGGCUGGAAUGGACUGUUUGAUUGAGGUGGUAGUGGCUUAUCCUCCUACAACAACUCGUUGGCUAGUCAAUCCCAGAGCUACACUUUCGAUAGAAAGCCAAAGGACUGAGGAUGACGCCCUUCGGUUCAAAUCAAUAAAGCUCCAAACAUUUCAAAUUAUAUACAGGAAGCAACGCGAGGAUGUCCUCUCACGCAAAGGUGUUGAAGGGAUUCUCCGAAUCUUGACACUUUCAUUCGCGAUUGGAUGCAUUUUAAGCCAACUGUUUUAUAUACAGCAUAAUGUGGAUUCUCUUCCAUAUAUCUCUCUUGUAGUGCUAGGUGUUCAAGCUCUUGGGUAUAGCAUUCCUCUGGUCACAGGUGCAGAAGCUCUUUUUAAGAAAAUAGUUUCUGAAUCUUAUGAUGUGCCAUCUAAUGAAUUGGAGAGCAGUGAGUGGCUCCAUGUCAUUGAUUACACUGUGAAACUGCUGUUGAUUGUAUCGUUGCUGGUAACUCUGCGGCUUUUUCAGAAGGUAUGGAAGUCUCGCGUCAGAUUGCAAACACGUACCCCUCUUGAGCCACAUUGUGUCCCCAGUGAUAAAAGGGUUCUUCUUUGUACCUUCAUCAUACAUGUGGUAGGGUAUGUAAUUGUUCUAAUAAUUCACAGCACAAAGACCAGUCAGAAGGCUCUGGUUGAUGGAGGAAAAUCUCAUUCAUUGCCGGUUUGGGCCACAGAAUUGGAAGAAUAUGUAGGUCUUGUUGAAGACUUUUUCUUGCUUCCUCAAAUUAUUGGGAACUUAAUCUGGCAUAUUGAUUGUAAGCCACUCAGAAAAUUAUAUUUUAUAGGAAUCACCGUGGUCAGACUUCUUCCUCAUAUAUAUGAUUACAUUCGAGCUCCAGUUUCAAAUCCUUACUUUUCUGAGGACUCUGAAUUUGUCAAUCCUAAUUUGGAUUUUUACUCAAAGUUUGGGGAUAUUGCCAUUCCUGUGACUGCUAUUAUUCUUGCAAUUGUGGUCUAUAUUCAACAAAGGUGGAGCUAUGAAAAGCUGAGCCAGUUUCUGAAAUUUGGGCAGUACAAGCUUCUCCCAACUUUCAGAUACCAGAGGUUGUCCUCUAGGUCUUGUGAAUCUGAACUAGUUCCUGGUAUCAAUGGUGGUGAUGCUGCAAAAGAGAAAGAACAAGUUGAUGUAGAAUGAUGUAAUUGUAAACACUUUAGAAUUACUGACAACAGCCUUUUUACACGCAUAUAUGAAAAGUAGGCAAGAGUUUGGGUGGAUUACUGUAAUACUGAAUAAUUAAUUGAAUUGUGGUUUUACUCUUCAACUUCUCAUUUUUUGUUCUCCAA